AUGUUCAUGAAUACUCUCAUAACAGAAUUAUACGGUACAAUGACACCCGUGACUGAAGAUUUUUUUUCACAUUAUCAAAUAAGAGAUUAUUCAGUCGUGAAAUCCCGAACUACAGGUGAAACAAAACUGUGGCUUGGCCCGGCUGCAUUCUUAAAUCAUGAUUGUGAAGCCAAUACGGAUAUAUACGCUUUAGGAAGAACCAGUGCAAUCGUAAAAGCAAAUAAAAAAAUCAAACGCGGCGAAGAAAUAACAGUAUAUUAUGGCCCACAUUAUUUUGGAACAAAUAACAAAGACUGUAUGUGUCAUUCGUGUGAAUUUAAAGGGAUUGGACAUUUUCAAGUAAAUCAAGUUGAUGAACAACGUGCCGGUUGCAUGUCAAUUUCAGACUGCACUGAAGAAGACUCAGAGAGGACCCCCAGAGACGAUGUUUUUACGUGUAAUAUGUGUGGUCACAUUUUCUUAUAUAAAUGUUGGUUGGAGAGACACAUUGCUUCCCAUAUGCUCCCGAUUCAUGCAUGUGAAGAUUGCGACAGAGUUUUCAACAGGAAAGAUACCCUUAAGAGACAUAAACAAACUGUUCACAAUUUAAUGAAGCAUUCAUGUAAUAUAUGCAAGGCUAAAUUUAGCACUACCCAUGCCAGAACUAGACACGUUAACAGGAUUCAUAGCGAAGAGGAUACCACAGUCCAUUGUCCAAAAUGUCCUUCGACGUUUACUUGCCAACUAGAUCUAAAAUACCACGAUAACUUAAAGCACACUCACUUAAAACCGUAUAAGUGCAAGGAAUGCAAUCAAGGAUUUGAGACACCUCGGUUGCUCCACAUUCAUAGAAAAUCAAAUGAUAGACAACGGAACGAUCAAUAA